AUGGUUCAGGGUUGCUCGGCGGUUGCAUCUCUCCGCUCCCUCUCACCGACGAUGAUCUUGAACUCCGCGGACCUGCACGCACCCGAUCUCUUCUGCAAUCCCGUGAGGCGGGGCUCGUGCAGCCGACCCUCUGCCGCUCUUCGUAGAGUGGUGUGCAAGUUCCCGACGGACGGGCACGGGCUCGGAAGCUGCGUCGCGUCUUCGAGCAGGGCCCCGGCGCAGGAGGCGGCCCGCGAGGGGACUGACGGUGGGCUAUGGAGCUCGAAGCUGGAGAGCCUCUUUGGGGAGAGGAGACUGGAAUCUGCCCUUCGAUUGAUGGAAGAGAUGGAGAAGGGGGGGGUCCCUGCGCAGGACGGGGACCUGUCUGCGCUCCUGCAAGCCUGCGUGGAAUCUGGUUCCCUGGGCUUCGUCAGGAGGGCGCACGACCGCCUGGUGAGAUCCCGGCGCAAGCUCAGCGCCGGCACCCUCGAGACCUUGGCCGCUGUAUACUGCAAGCUGGGCAGCUCUGCCGAUGCCCGCAGGGUGUUUGAGCAAAUGCCCACGAAGGUGCGCUCCACCGCCCGGCCGGCGGGGGCCGGCGGAGGUAAGGGGGACAUCGCCGGCGGCGGCGCGCAGGACCCCAAGCGGAGGGAGGCCUACGAGAAGGUGAGGGAGCUGCACGAGCUGAUGAGGGCGGCCGGGUACGUGCCGGACACGCGCUACGUCCUCCACGACAUCGACGAGGAGGCGAAGGAGAGGUCCCUGAUGUACCAUAGCGAGCGGCUGGCCAUCGCCUUCGGGCUCAUCAGCACGCCGCCGGGAACUACCCUCCGCGUCAUGAAGAACCUCCGCAUCUGCGGUGACUGCCACAACGCGGUCAAGAUCAUCUCGAAGAUCGUCGGCCGGCAGAUUAUCGUCAGGGACAACAAGAGGUUCCACCACUUCCGGGACGGAGCUUGCUCCUGCGGGGACUAUUGGUGA